AUGGCCCCAUCCAGUGGUGACCCUCAUUGUUACCGAUGGAGCUCCGUAUCCAGAACCCAGGGACACACUGCAACGGACUAUUCGUGCCUACAAGAAGCGUCCAAACAGGAUGCCCGCUCGCUCUUCUUGCUGUCUCAGGUUGGGGAUGACGUAGAAGCUACGCAGUUCCUGGAAACAAUAAGAGAGGAUAUUGACCUUGCAGACAUAAUCUUCUGUUCGCAAAGACUGGACGACCUUUACGGGAGCUCCCAGACCGCAUGCGAGGUUGACAAGCAGUAUGCUUCAUACCUCAUUGGGAUACUAGUAGCUGCCGUCGAAAAGUUUGUAUAA